UUUGUAUCGGCUCGCCCCCGCACGGUUAUGUCUUCUGUUUCGCUUCGAACAGUUGUUUCUGUUCGUUCCCGUCGCCGGCUUCCCCACGCGUCGCGGAGUUUAGAUUCGGACGGCGAGGUUCUUAUUUGUCUCUCUCAGGUCCUAUUCAGCUUCCAGCACUGCAUUUUUUCUCGAUGCGGCUAAAAAAUAGGAGCACCUCCCCAAGGUGUUCAACUACUUCGACAAGAACAUGAGCGGGUUCAUCGAGAUGGAGGAGCUCAAGGAGGCGCUGUCCCCGAGAGGCGACCAGAAGGCCAUCGAAGACAUCAUCUUCGACAUCGACAUCGACAAGGACGGGAAGAUAAGCUACGAGGAGUUCGAGCUGAUGAUGAAGGCCGGAGUGGACUGGAGGAACGCGUCGAGGCAGUACUCGAGAGCGGUUUUCAACACCCUGAGCCGAAAGAUGUUCAAGGAGACGUCCCUGAAGAUUCUUGAUCCCAUCACCCCACGUGGCGCAGCCGCCACCGUGGCGAAACAACAACAGGACAUGAUCUGAGAAAGGAAACAAAAAACGAGCUUUUUGCUGGGUGAAUCCUUUUUUAGUUUUUGUUUGAACUGGGUGAAUCUUUUUGCUGGGUGAAUCCUUUUUUAGUUUUUGUUUGAACUGGGUGAGUCUUUGGAAGACAGAGAGAGGACACCACCGUCCAAGCGCGCUCAUGCUAGCUGGUCUCUCGUCUCUGGUGUUUGUCGCAGAGCACGAUUCCUAGCAUGAGAUGUUAGAACACGGAGAAAUGUGACCCACUCGAACUCGAAAGGUUGUGCGCGCUUGCGGAUUAACUGCACAAAGAAUGUACCAGCUGGAUGAUCCAUGCUCCGCGGAGUGCGGGACACGCGUGGACCGGACCAAUUCCAACGCAAGCAGCAGUUGACACGUCUAAUAAUAGCGCAAGAUCGAACGGGAGAAGUAACGCUUGGUUACUGGGCUUGUCCAUGUUAAAAGUGAUUGGUGGAAUCUGUUCUCCUAAUCACAUCCUUAAUUUGCUUUAUCAAUAAAAGUGAUUGCAUGCAUGCACAGUAA